GAAGCAAAAUGCGGGUCACGACGUCGCCGUUAGUUGGACACAGAAGUCUAACGUGCGCAGACGGGAGGGCAGACAGACACGGAGUCCGUUUUAACGUUACAGUUACAAAAAACGAACGAAGAUACGCGGCAAUGAUAGAUUUUACUUAUAUUUCAAGGUAACAUCUUGGAUAUAUAUUAAUGGGGGCGACAUAGCACGCCGAGGGCAGCUUCACCUCUGUGCUGUCGAAACAAGAUGAUAAAAAACUGGGGUGUCAUUGGUGGGAUAGCUGCUGCGAUUGCAGCCGGAGUUUACGUUUUGUGGGGCCCAAUUACAGAGAGAAAGAAGAGAAAGAGAGGUAUGGUUCCUGGUCUGUUGAACUUAGGCAACACCUGCUUCCUAAACUCGUUGCUUCAGGGUUUAGCAGCAUGUCCGUCCUUCAUCACAUGGCUGGAGAAGUUUUCAGGUUCCCCCACAAUCCAGUCAUGUAAAGACAACCAGCUGUCCAUGACACUGCUUCAACUUCUCAAAGCUCUGUCCAGUGAUGAACCUAGGGAGGAAGAUGUACUUGAUGCCGGAUGCCUCCUGGAUGUUCUCAGACUUUACCGGUGGCACAUCAGUUCAUUUGAAGAGCAGGAUGCACAUGAACUUUUUCAUGUCCUUACAUCUUCUCUGGAGGAGGAGCGGGAUCGUCAACCCAAAGUCACUCACUUUUUUGACAUGCAGUCCCUGGAGAGUCUCCCUGAUCAAGAUGAGAAAACUAUGACCUGCAGAAGUCGAGCCCCUCUUCAUCCAAUACCGAGUCCUUGGAAGUUUCAGCAUCCUUUUCAUGGUCGUUUAACAAGCAACAUGUCCUGCAAGCGCUGCGAACAACAAAGUCCGGUGCGGUAUGACUCAUUUGAGAGCCUCUCCCUGUCCAUCCCUUUACCUCAGUGGGGUCGACCUAUGUCUCUAGAUCAGUGUCUUCAGCAUUUCAUCUCCUCAGAAACCAUCAAAGAAGUGGAGUGUGAAAACUGCACCAAGCUUCAACAAGGGACCACAGUAAAUGGGCAAGUUCUGGAAAGUCAGAGGACAACAUUUGUUAAACAACUAAAACUGGGAAAGCUCCCCCAGUGCCUCUGCAUCCAUUUACAAAGACUGACGUGGUCCAGUGAAGGAACCCCCAUCAAAAGACAAGAGCACGUGCAGUUUGCAGAGUAUCUGUCAAUGGACCGCUACAAACACAAUGCUUCCACACAGAGAAGUCAGCGGGUCAGAUGUGCUCCAAGUCCCAUAAGGGCAGAAAAUUUAGAUGAUUCCAUGGAAAAGCCGACUGCUAAUGGCACUGAAGCAGAACAUCGUAACAACAACAACAAACCUUUUUCCAAUGGAACCUGUUCGUCUGUAUUUCUUCACUCGCCAGGUUUGAACCCACAGCUCGGCCUCCAAUAUGACUACAGUUCCACAGAGUACCUUUUCCAGCUCACAGCUGUGCUGGUUCACCACGGUGACAUGCACUCAGGACAUUUCGUCACAUACCGCCGCAGCCCCUCCUCACCUCGCAGCACUUCGCCCUUCAGCUCCCAGUGGCUGUGGGUGUCGGACGACUCGGUACGAAAAGCCAGCCUGCACGAGGUGCUGUCUUCCAACGCUUACAUGCUGUUCUACGAGAGAGUUCGAAGACUGAACCUCGCUCUGCGCUUAGAGGAGUAACCAGAGGCUUACAGCCCGAUCGACUUCUGCCUUUCCAGACAGGCCGUCUCAGCUGAAUGUGCCAGUUACAGCGCGGUUACCGACAGGUGGAUUAUGACUUUGUGACAAUGAGACCAGAGUGUUGUGUAGAGUUAACUUUGCAUCAUGGAUCACAGCAACAUGUUGAAGGUCGUUGUAUGAUGUGUUCUGAUGUUAAAAUCCACGAGUGGACACUGUCUCUGAUCCGGAGUAGGAGGCUCUCAAACCCAAAGAUUAUGGACCUGCAGGAUCUUUAGUCAUCCAAUUUUGAUCAUGUAAACUACUUUCCUUUGACACGCGUAACAAUUUCUGUUGUGUAACAUGUUGGCUUCAAUGGGACAAAACAGCAGGAACACCUGACAGUAUAGUAUAGUAAUAUUGUUGAGGCUGUCAGAGGUGCUGACUCAGUUCUGAGGCAAUAUGUGUGAAGGUGUUCUUGUUAUUUUGUCCACUGCCUGUACAUUACAGACGCAGACAGAAGUAGCUGAUUAGGAAUUCUCGGAGAUGUUACUUAGAGGUUGUUACAUAUUAUGAAAAGUCAAAUAGGUAGAAUUUUUCCUUUACUCUGGUUCUCUAUCGUCUAAUCUGCCUAAUCAGCCCCAGCAGUGUCCCUAGACUGUAUUGGAAAUACUGUUUCAAUUGACAUUGUGCAAAAGCUGUUGAAUUUGAUAUUUUUCUAUUUUUCCAAUAAUCCUUACACUGAUUUGCAGAGCUGCACAGUUGAGGUCAAAGUGCCAUGUUGUCUUUUAACACAUGAGGCCAUGUGUGUUACAACUAAUGUGAACAUACGAUAUGAUGCAUCAGAGCCAUUUGGCGUGGUGUUGAUGUGUAACAGAUUUAUAGUGAUCUGCUCUCAGUUCAUAAAGCCACAGUAUGACUGCAGGUUUUAGGACAAGUUAUCCUGAAUAUUUUUCAUUCUGUGUAACUGAUAACUGCCGUUUUGCUCCUACCAAACCAACUAAGUCACCUUGAGAAAUCUGGCCUGGUGCAAAACUCCUUGUUAAUGUUUCCAAUUUGCACUAAUGUAUAUUCAUGUGAGACUGUGUGUAUUUGUGUGAAAUCUGUAAAGGUGAUUGUUUUCAGGUAUU